UCAGAACAUCUCGAGAAUACCAGUAUUUACUUGAUUGCAAAUCUAAUCUUCGUCCCGUUAAAGAAACAAAAAUCGAAUAUGAAGGCAAUCAUUUUUGUACUUACUAUUACCAUUGUUGCCGUUCUGGGUGCAAUUACAGAUGAACAAAAGGCAAAACUAAGACAGUAUAAAGAAUCUUGUAUAAAUGAAUCUGGCGUUGAUCCAACUGUCGUAGAAAAUGCGAAAAAGGGGGAAAUAGCUGAAGGUGACGAAAAAUUCGCUUGCUUCUCUACUUGCCUCUUAAAGAAAAUUGGAAUUAUAAAUGCGAAUGGAGAUAUUGACUGGGAAGUAGCUCAUGCAAAAAUACCAUCUGGUGUAUCGCAAGAACAAAUCGAUCGUAUACACAAUAAUUGCCAAAACGUUGCUGGAGAAGGAUGCGCAAAAGGAGCCAAUUUGUUGAAAUGCUUCGCGGAGAACAAAAGUUUUUCCAUUUUAUCAUAAAACGGACGAGGUUAAACGUUGCGCAAUAAUCAGAUCUAAUAAUCAGAUCUAAUUAAAUUUAUCUUUUAUUGUAGAUGGUAAUAAUAUGUUUUGCAUUUACGUAUUGAUGUAAAACUAUGUUAAGGAAUAAAUAUAUGAACGUUUUGCUUUAAAAAUAAA